GUUUAUUUAUAUGUCAACCAAGCUAUUUUGAUCUUCCUAAAACAUCAGAAAAAUUCAGUGAGAAUUUUCUAUCAGCUGUGGAGAAAAUUCAGGCAAAAAUGAAUCAAAUAUUGUGCACAUCGUUAUUUUCUAUUUCAAAUAUUACCCACUAAUUUUCAAAUGAGAAUUGCGAUUAAGUUGUUUGCUCUGGAUGAGUUGUUAUUUAUUGCGAAGUAAUGGGCGCAAACAUCUCUCAGCUUGAACGUGAUAUUGGUGCUGAUCAGUUCCCUCCCAAUGAGCACUACUUUGGAUUAGUGAAUUUCGGUAAUACUUGCUAUAGUAAUUCAGUUCUUCAAGCACUCUACUUCUGUCGCCCUUUUCGGGAAAAGGUGUUGGAGUAUAAAGCGAAAAACAAACGCACGAAAGAAACAUUACUUUCCUGUUUGGCCGAUUUGUUUUACAGCAUUGCAACGCAAAAGAAAAAGGUUGGCUCAAUAGCGCCGAAAAAAUUCAUCGCCCGAUUACGAAAAGAAAAGGAAGAGUUCGAUAACUAUAUGCAGCAGGACGCACACGAAUUUCUAAAUUUUUUGAUUAAUCACAUAAACGAAAUCAUCUUGGCGGAACGCAACCUAUUGAAAGGAGGAAGUGGGACGGGUACAAACAGAAAUGGAACAAGCAUUGGAAUGGGAGUGGGAGGAAGCAUUAACGGAGACAACUCGCAACAACCACAGGAACCCACGUGGGUGCAUGAAAUAUUCCAAGGCAUACUGACCAGUGAAACGAGAUGUUUAAAUUGCGAAACGGUUAGCAGUAAAGAUGAAAACUUUUUUGACUUGCAAGUAGACGUCGACCAGAACACAAGCAUCACCCAUUGUUUACGUUGCUUCAGUAAUACGGAGACGCUCUGUAGUGAUAAUAAAUUCAAGUGUGACAAUUGUUGCAGUUACCAAGAAGCCCAGAAGAGGAUGAGAGUCAAGAAACUGCCAAUGAUUUUGGCCUUGCAUUUGAAAAGAUUCAAGUACAUGGAACAGUACAACAGGCAUAUUAAGGUGUCGCACCGAGUAGUGUUUCCCCUAGAAUUGAGACUUUUCAAUACGUCGGACGAUGCCGUAAAUCCAGACCGACUGUACGACCUGAUGGCCGUAGUUAUACAUUGUGGCUCGGGACCGAACCGAGGGCACUACAUUAGCAUAGUAAAGAGUCAUGGAUUCUGGUUACUGUUUGAUGACGACAUGGUUGACAAAAUCGAGGCAUCCACUAUAGAAGACUUUUAUGGACUUACUUCAGACAUCCAAAAAUCGUCCGAAACGGGAUACAUAUUGUUCUAUCAAUCGCGAGAUGCCACCUGAGGCAUGUAAGUAAAUAUGCUAUUUCGACUAAAGCUGAAAUGGGAAAAUAAUAUAAAAUGCCCUGUCCUAUCAUGCGAAAAUCGAUAGUUAUCGUUAAAAUAAUUUAUUUUCUGUUGAGCUUGAGAAUUAGUUAAACUUAAUCGGCUAUUCUAUGGCCGAAGCGCAAUCAAUACCCAGUUUGAAACAUAUGUCCGAUUAUUGCAAAUUUUUUAGUUUAAACAUUUUCUGAUAGUUAAACUUUGCAGAUACGCCUUAAACAAUUGCGUUAGAAUCGUCCAAAAAAAUAAUAUCAUGAAUAGCCUACAUAAACAAAUAUGCUUGCAAUGUAUAAAGUGUAUAACUGGAGUUGAGAGUGAUUACUUAGCAAAUACCAGUCACUUAAAAAAUAGAGAAAUCGGAUAACAAAAACUGGUUAAAAAAUCAUUGUUUUAU